UCCUUCGUUACGACCAGAAAGAGAGACAAAACGGGAACACGAAGAGAGGCACACAAAAAGUGGACCAGGCAUCAACAUCUGUCUAUGUGACUUUGGAGGCUCCAGCUCACCUCUGGUGGAAGUGUGUGUCGAGAGUGAGCAUGGCCAAGUGCUAACUUAAACCCGACGAAUCCCCCAAACCAUGGGCAACCAAAGUGCCAAGAUCCAUUUCAAGAAUCAGGGCCAUUCGGACCGAUUCGUCGGGAACGUGGACCAGGCCUUUCCUGAAGAAAAAUCCCGAGCUGAUUGGGCGGCAGGAUGCCCAUCUCCACCCGGUAGACCGACCAUCGAGUUAUCGAAUCAACGCACUGAUGAUGCAGAUGAGAAUGCUGUCACAGACGAGAUUAAUCUGUCAUGGAAUGUGCCAGAAGAUGAUGGUGGAUAUCCAAUCAUUGGAUAUCGCGUGGAGAUGUUGGAUAUUCAGUCGGGCUACUGGAUCGAAAUCACAAGUAUCGAGGGCUAUGAGCCUAAGUGUACCUUGAGUAACAUCCUUUAUGGGAUCAUGUAUCGAUUCCGGGUUUUGGCUCUCAACGACGUGGGAGUCUCGGAACCGGGAGAGCCCUCGGAUCCGGUCGUGAUCGAUGUUCCGGGCGUGCAAAUUGCUCCCUACUUCGUUCAAAUGGUCAACGAUACCAUCGCUCUGGAGCAUGAAAAAGUCGAGUUCAGGGUUCGGGUCUUGGGCACACCCAAGCCCACCGUUCAAUGGUACAAAGACGAGCUGGAAAUCUUUUCUUGCGAUCGUAUCGAAAUGCGAGAAGAGGAGGAAGGAGGCGUGGUCAUCUUGAAAUCUGCUCGUUUGAGCGAUUCGGGUAACGUCAAAUGUGUGGCCAUAAAUAUCAUGGGCAAGGCCGUCUCCACUGCACAGUUAGUCAUUGAAGCCACUCCAAGAUUUGAUUUGCCCGAAAGCUACAGCGAGGGUCUCAUUUUCCGCGAGGACGAAGUUAUUCGUAUUAAAGUGCCUUUUGUGGCCAAACCCACGCCCAAAAUCGUGUGGUUCUUCGAAGAUGAACCCAUCACUUCGCCCGGGCCGGAAAUUCAGAUCGACACCUCGGAGUCCCAGACCAGUUUACGGAUCCAAAAUGCCAAACGGUGGCAUUGUGGCGAGUUCCGGGUUUAUGCGGAGAACGAGAACGGCGAGGACGCAGCUUCGAUCCUCGUCACUGUCACCUCUCCCCCUUCUCCGCCGGGAAUGCCAGUGGUCAUAGAUAUUUCUGAGACGCGUUGCACUUUGAGGUGGGAUCCCUCCUCCGACGAUGGCGGCACCGAGAUCAAGCAUUACGUGGUCGAAUACUUUCGAGACGUGUGGAACGUUUGGCUCAAGGCCCGAACUACCAAAGAGUGCCAAGCCGUCAUUGACGACCUAAUCCCAGGGUCGAGAUACAUGUUCCGCGUCAAAGCCGAGAACUCUUACGGCAUUAGCGAGCCUGGACCAGAUUCGGAUCCGUUCGAUGUUGGGAGUGGAGCCUCGUCAGAAAGACAAUCCAAAACCUAUUCCGAAGCCGAGUCCUGGUCCAAUCGCUCCAUGGAGGGGGGCGACCUUCAGACGAGCAUGAUGGAAUCCGAGACGCCCACCAUCGUGUUUCCCGACCAGAAGGCAUCCGCCUCCCCGAGUGCACUCAGCAAGACUAAACUCUUUUGGCCUUCUGACGACAAGGAGGAUGACAUUUUAGACCGAUACCUGAAAGUGCAGACCUUCAAAGAUCUUCGGAUCCCCAGUUGCGAAAGCGAUGGCAUGCCCUCGAUUGUAGGCAUUGAUGAGGAUAAUAUGUCCGACACUUCGGACAUGGAUCGAACCCACCGAAUGUUCGACGAGAUCCAACAGAUUUCCAGCGACGAUGUAGAGGACCCUGACGACGAAGAGGACCCAUCCUUGAGCGAAUUUCAUAUGGAACCCAACGAGCAAGAGUACGCCCAGCACCAUCACGGAAGUAUGGAUUCCAUUAACAUCAGUCUGGACAGUAUUGCCAGCGUGAUUCCUCCCGAGAAGAAAGAGGCCAUGAACAACUUCGAAGAGAACCUGAAUGCCAUGAUCCAAGAGGCCCAACAAGACAUGGUAGAAGUCCAUCCAGAAAAACCGACCUACUCCGACACUCCACCUGAAAAUCCCCCUAUCCGAGGUCGUCCUCGGAAAUCGUCCUCGGCCUUGUCCACCCCCGAGUCGAUUGUCUCGGUCAUCGAGAUGCCGUUGGUAAAGCAGGGAAAGGCCGAUGUCUUGCCCACCCCUGCCAUUUCCGUCACCCAAGAGGAAAUCGGUCGCUUGACGGCGAAACAACAGCAACAACUAAAGUUAAAUCAAAAUGAUCCAGACACCUUGGAUCGUGAUGAUCUAUAUCAGAACAUCAUUCGAGCACCACCCAAAUUAAGGUCAGAGCGGUCUCGGAGUGGAUCAGUUACGGAUCUAGGACAAACCAGCCGACAGGAAUCGCCCUUUUCCGGUCGAGGAGGGAUCGGAAUCGGCGGUGCAAGGAAUGGGGUCUUGGUCAAUACGAGGCCUUUGAGACGCACGAUUAGCCGCGAAGACCCCGUGGAAGCGACGACCCUGGGCUACAAUCACUUCACACCCCAGCCUAUCGAAGUGUCCAUUGACCCAUUCACGUCACCUUCAACUCAAUUAUUUCAACCCGAACUUGUGGCUCGAGCCGGUCGAUUUCGGAUCGUGCUUCCUCGGAACUUGGCCAAUUGGCUCAUGUUGGUCAACGUGUAUUCGUUUGUGAUGUUGAUGACCCUGAUGGUGGCCAACUCGAUUCCCAACAGUCAACUCUUCACACUGUUUACAGCCUAUUGGAGCCUUAUCUUAUACUUUACCAUCCUGGAUGAUGGACAUGGAAAAGAUCCAUUUGAGACGAUCGCCGAAGCCUUUGUCAAAAAACCGAAAGUGCUUUAAGCACUUCCCGAAGGAUUCUUAAGAUGAGCUUGACAUGUGCUUUUGUGUAGAAAUGCCAAUUCAUUUUAAUAUUUUCAUUGCAUAAAAGGGGGAAAACUAAAAAAAAAAAGCCUUUAAACUCUGAAAACAAA